CUUGUGUGUGUGAAGUUUGUCAGUCCGCCUCUGUGGUGACAGUUGAUUUAGUCCAAAUAGUCAGCGCGUGUCGAGUGUACUAUUGAAUCUUUACAGUAAAUAAUAAGCGUAUGAUUCAAGCAUUUUAAGCAACCAGAAACAAGCUAUAGGUGUAUAUCUAUAUUAUAUGUCAUAUUUAUUAGUAGUAUCUAUUCGAUUUUAGAAAAUAUUCAAUACACUUUUCUCAUAUUUGCAGUCGUACGCAGAGAUUGCAUUUGGGGUUACUUAAGUAUCUUGACAACCUCCAAUGUGCAAGUGUAUAUUUCCCCGUGCCCACAUAGUCAUUACCAAUCCCAAUAACUAGUUAAAUGUUGCUAAAUACAAAGUGAAUGGGAACGAUGGCAGUGAAUCAAAUUCGCGUCAAGCUAUACGAACUGUCUCCUACUUUCGAGUGGGUGGAUAAGGGCUGCGGUACAAUAGGCUUGGUGAAGCCACCAUCUACAGAUACAGAUACGUACACGACAGCAGACGCAUCUGAUGUGAAUAUUGGUACCGACAGUAAUGAUGCUGUGGAUACCAGUGGAACCACAGGGCUUUCUGACGCCAAUGUUGUGGUCGACAGUGCAGUUGAGGCUGGCGUUGAGGGCGUUGCGGCUAGUAUUGAGAUAGAAGAUAGUAAGCAGAGCGUGGUGAAUGUGAUUGUGUGGUCGGAGGUUGAGGAGGAUGUUAAAUUAUUAGAAACUGUUGUGUAUAAGGACACAGAAUUUAAGAUUCAGCAGGAUACUCUAUUGUUAUUCCAAUGCACGACGGAUGGUAUUGACAAGGCGCUGAGUUUCCAGGAAGCGGAAAGCUGCGAAGACACAUUGGCUAGGAUACACAUGAUGCAAGGGCACACACCUAGCCUAAGCUCGUCUUGGGCCGAUAUGUCAGACGCGGAAGACAGGAGAGCGAUAAUGACACUCCCAGGUAUGCAAAAUCCAUCACUUGAUAAUAAUGUGUUCUGA